AUGUUCUCAUCGUUUUUCAUCUAUACAGAUGCUGAUGCCGAUGCUGAUACUGUGGCUGAUGUUAAUGUUGAUGCUGAUGCUGAUGACAGAGGUGACUAUAUUGACAACAGUGACGGUGAUGAUGGUAAUAAUAGUGGUGAUAUUGGUAACGGUGGUGGUAACUGUGUUUCACUUCGUCGUUAUUUUGUUCUUAUUCUCAUUAAUAUCGCUGUUGCUGCUUUUAGAACUUUCAAAUUAUAA